AAAAUCUGCUAGGUCCCAGGCAGCCGCCGCUGCCCCUUUGAUGUUUUGGUACGCCGUGCGCAUGCGCCUCACAUUAGAAUUACUGCACUGGGCAGACUAAGUUGGAUCUCCUCUCUUCAGUGAAGCCCUCAAUCCCAUCAAAAACUAAAGGGAUGUGGAGAGUUCGGAAAAAAGGCUGCUUUGGGAUCUGGCCAUUCCCCUUGCUAAUCGCCGCUGUCUGUGCGCAGAGUGUCAAUGAUCCUAGUAACAUGUCACUGGUUAAAGAGACGGUGGAUAGACUCCUGAAAGGCUAUGACAUUCGUCUGAGACCAGAUUUUGGAGGUCCCCCCGUGGCCGUGGGAAUGAAUAUUGACAUUGCCAGCAUCGAUAUGGUUUCCGAAGUCAAUAUGGAUUAUACGUUGACAAUGUAUUUUCAACAAGCCUGGAGAGAUAAGAGGCUGUCGUAUAAUGUCAUACCUUUAAACUUAACUCUGGACAACCGAGUCGCAGACCAGCUCUGGGUGCCUGACACCUACUUCCUGAAUGACAAGAAGUCGUUCGUGCACGGCGUGACCGUCAAGAACCGCAUGAUCCGCCUGCAUCCCGAUGGCACUGUCCUCUACGGCCUCAGAAUCACAACCACAGCUGCCUGCAUGAUGGACCUCAGGCGGUACCCACUGGAUGAACAAAACUGCACCUUGGAAAUUGAAAGCUAUGGAUAUACCACUGACGACAUUGAGUUUUACUGGCGUGGGGAAGAUAAAGCAGUAACGGGAGUGACAAAGAUUGAACUUCCACAGUUCUCUAUUGUAGACUACAAACUCAUCACCAAGAAGGUUGUUUUCUCCACAGGUUCCUAUCCCAGGUUGUCCCUCAGUUUUAAGUUGAAGAGAAACAUUGGAUACUUUAUCCUGCAAACGUAUAUGCCUUCCAUCCUGAUCACUAUCCUCUCUUGGGUCUCCUUCUGGAUUAAUUACGAUGCUUCAGCUGCAAGAGUGGCAUUAGGAAUUACAACUGUCCUUACAAUGACCACCAUCAACACUCACCUCCGGGAAACUCUCCCUAAAAUCCCCUACGUGAAGGCCAUUGACAUGUACCUGAUGGGGUGCUUUGUCUUUGUUUUUAUGGCCCUUCUGGAAUAUGCUUUGGUCAACUACAUCUUCUUUGGGAGGGGACCCCAACGCCAAAAGAAAGCAGCCGAGAAGGCGAGCGCCAACAGUGAUAAGAUGCGCCUGGAUGUCAACAAGAUUUUUUAUAAAGAUAUUAAACAAAAUGGGACCCAAUAUCGAUCCUUGUGGGACCCAACUGGAAGCUUCUCCCCAACUAGACGGACUACCAAUUACGAUUUCUCUCUAUAUACGAUGGACCCCCACGAGAACAUCUUACUGAGCACUCUAGAGAUAAAAAAUGAAAUGGCCACAUCUGAGGCUGUGAUGGGACUUGGAGACCCCAGGAGCACAAUGCUGGCUUACGAUGCAGCCAACAUCCAGUAUCGGAAAGCCGGGCUGCCCAGGCAUACUUUUGGCCGAAAUGCCCUGGAACGACACGUGGCACAGAAGAAAAGCCGCCUGCGGAGACGCGCCUCCCAACUGAAAAUCACCAUCCCCGACUUGACUGAUGUGAAUGCCAUAGACCGGUGGUCCCGCAUAUUCUUCCCAGUGGUUUUUUCCUUCUUCAACAUUGUCUAUUGGCUUUACUAUGUGAACUAAAACAUAGCCUCCCUCGGGAAGCAAGGACUAGAUGCCUCCUCAAACCAGUUGUACAGCCUGACGUAGGACUUGGAAAACACAUCAAUCCAGGACAAAAGUGAUGCUAAAAUACCUUAGUUGCUGGCCUAUCCUGUGGUCCAUUUCAUACCAUUUGGGUUGCUUCUGCUAAGUAAUGAGUACACUAAGGGCCUUGCGAUUUUGCAGUUAAAAUGCAAGUGAUUUGUACACAUGCUGGCAAGACUGAGGCUGAGUGUUCCACUUCAUCUGCUUAGUGUGCAAGCGACACGGAGGGGAAUUAUUUAGAAGAUAUUCUUAGAAGGCUCAAUAGCACUAUCAGUCAUGUCUCUGAGAAGUCAUAUCCAGAUAUUCCCAUCUUCCUUCCUAAGGGUGGCAUGCUGCUGAGAUGACACCAUGCUUAGGAAACAUUAUCCUCAAUGUCAUGUGAACAUGCUUACAGAAGAUGGUCUCUGCCCAUCUUAUUAAGGCGAUAAUGGUGCCCUGGGAUGAAAAUUCCCACUGGAUUCUAGAAGGUUCUCAUGUAGUUCAAACAAGAUGUGGGGAGUCAAGACAGAGAUUCAGGAAGCCAAGUUGGCCAGUUUCAGAUUGCUUGAGCACUGGGAAUCAACUAUGAUGUCUUCCAUUUUGGCAUGUAGAGCCCAGGAGAAUUCUAAACGUUAUCAUGCACGAUGACCAAAGAAACUUUUCUAAAACUCUGUUCCCUAGGUGGUUAAAAGAAGAGUUAAAAACCCAGAGCAGAGUGGGAAAUCCAGAAAUGACUGUUGGAACAAAAUUGAAGCAAGCAAGUAUCAUGACCCUUAUCAAUCCACACAGCUUCUGGUUUAUACAUAUUAUGGUCAGUGGCAAAGGUAGAAAGAGAGAUUUUUUUGUUCCAACUUCACAAGCUUUUGAAAGCAUGCCUAUAGAGGCUUAUAUAGUUUAUUUAAUUAAAAGACACCCACAAAAGAGAAAAGUUAGCCAAAUUAGCAUCAUCUUAGAUGCAGGUUAGGUUGAGAGUUAUCAAAUAUGUGAAUAUAAAGUGCAAACAGGUUGCUA